AUUACUUGAACUGAUUACCUCUCGGAUCUAGUUGGCCAGACAGCAUCAAGUUUCUGGACCUUUCUAAAGGUCAUGCCAGGCGGCCUUAAAAUAGCCACUAUAUCUAAAAACAGGCAACAGACUAAGCAAAUAUAUUCAGGGCAAUCAUCUACAACAUUGUGCCCAGUCUUAAGACUAACCCAGGCAAUCAAAGAAGAGGCUGAUUCACACAUGCUCCUCGCUUUACCUCACACAUGGGGCCGAAGAUUAAGUUUCGCAAACAAAAGAAAUAUCGCAGCGAUGUAAUCGCGACGGCUCAGGCGUCAGGACUUAUCCUCCAGUUCUGGAAUGCGCUUCUGGUCGGAGAUGACCUCACUGUUAUUAGUAUCGUUGAUGACCCAGAAUAUGCUUAUCUCUCAGAUGCCAUAUAUGACACCAGCAACAUAGAGGAGUGGAAGAACUUCAGGUUCAACUACAGAGGGCUAAGACUGUGGUCAUUGACGUACGAACAAGAGCUGACCACGCCACUGCACAUCACCGCUGGCCGGGGUUUCACCGAAUGUCUGCGGCAUCUCCUAAUGCGGGGCGCUCGAGUGGACCUGGCACCUGGGGGCACCACUGCCCUGCAUGAGGCCUGUGAGGAGUGCCAGCCCGAGUGUGUCAAGCUGUUGCUGCAGCACGGAGCCAAUCCCAGCGCAACUAAUGAAGACGGCCAGAUGCCCCUGCACGUGUGCACAGAACUCGAUUCACUUGAGUGUGCCAAACAUCUACUAGCAUUCGGUGCUUUGAUCAACGGUCAGAGCUUGGAUGAUAACGACACACCCCUUCAUGUGGCGGCCCGCCAUAGCCUUCCUGAUCACAUGGAGCUCUACUUACGACACGGAGCUGCACUUAACCUACAAAACGAGGAAGGAAACACAGCGCUGAACGCCGCCUGCUCCCAGCCGCAGGACUGCGCAUCUCUGGAGCGCUACAGCCGUGUUUGCCACAUGCUGGUAUCUGCUGGGGCGGACAUACAUAUCAGUGACGCGGACAAGCAGACUCCACUGCACAUGGCGUGUAAGAACGCCAUCCCUGACGUGGUGGAUCUGCUGCUGAAGUAUAAAGCCUUGGUCAACGAAAUGGAUUACGGCGGCGAAGCACCAAUGCAUAACAUCCUGAAGGCGGUGGCCUACAAGACGGACCAUGAGCCCGAGAGGAUUGUACAGGCUCUUCUCAAUUACGGAUCCAUCAGGGUGUGGCCUGGAGCUCUGCCCAAGGUCAGGAUUGGACGAGAGAGCUUUCCAUUCAAAGUCUCAUUAUAUCCUUAUACCUAGUCAUGGAAUUCUAAUGUUCCAUAAAAAUUCUGAACCAGUCGUAAUGCGAAUAAAAUCCUUA